AAUGGACUCUGUGAAUAUUAUAAUUGAAUGCCCAUCAAAAAAUAAAAGAUAUAAUAUUGAAGUAACAAAUGAUGUCACUCCAUUUUAAUUAGAAUAGGAAUUUAAAGAGUAAUUUUUCAAUAAUGAUGAGAAACUCAAAUUUUAUUAUUUGAAUCAACCUUUAAUUAAUAAUAAACCAUUAUUAUAAUAGAAUGUUGUAAAAGGUUCAUUAAUAAUAAUUCGAGUAAGUUAUCCACUUACAUUGAUGGUGCCUAUCAUGAAUAAAUGCUACUAAAUAGAUUUUGAAGAAACUUGGACAACAGAAGAUUUGAGUAAAAAGAUUUAAGAGCUUUUAUAAAUCAGAUCAGAGGAGGUCUAAUUCUAAUUUGGAUAAUAAAUUUUAAAACCAUAAAUAACAUUGAUUUAAUAAGGUGUGGUGCCAAAAGGUACUAUAACAGCUAAUAUCUAAUAAAGAGGAGGAUAAUAAUGUUGAUU